AUGGCGGGAAACAGUUUGACAAUUAAUUUAGAAGAUGAUCCGUUCGAAGAACAUGUCAUAACAUUACUACAAAAGUUAGAAGCCGUUCGAGAUGCUAAAAGAACAGCUAACAGACUAACGAAAAACUAUCGUCAACCUGUACAAGUGGAAAUCCGAACAUUAGAAUUUUGGAGAUCGAUUAUAUCCGAAUGUUUGGCAUCAUUUUUUCUAGUUUUUAUCGUGUCUGGAGCCAGUUAUAAUUAUUUGGGAAAAGGAGUUGAAAAAAUAAAUGAUAUAGUUUUACCGACAGCAUUUGCCACGGGGCUCACAAUGGCUAUGUUACAUCACUGUUUUGAAAAAAUAUCAGGAGGACACGUUAAUCCAGCAGUUUCUCUUGCAAUGGCCGUCACUAAAAAGAUUUCACCCUUAAGAGCAUCUUUAUUUGUGAUAGCACAAUGCGGGGGUGGAGUUGCCGGAGCUGCUCUUCUAUAUGGCGUCACUCCCGGAUUAUACACGGUUAAUUUUCCAUCGAUGAUGGGUCCCUGGGAAAAAUUCGGAGUCGAAUUGGUUUUAACAUUUAUCGUCACUUUUACAUUUUUUACAAAAAGUGAAAAAAAAUUAUUCAAUGAUGGAUCUCUUGCAAUAGGAGUAUCAUAUGCUGCUUGCUCUCUGGCAGGAAUGCCCAUGUUGAAUCCUGCUCGAGCAUUAGGACCGGCUUUCGUAAUGAACAAACUGUGGGAUAAUCAUUGGGUUUUCUGGUUCGGACCCAUUUUCGGUAGCAUAUUAGCAGCGGUCAUAUAUAAAUUUAUAUUCAAUUCUAAAAGGCACAACAAACGUCCGAAUGAAUCGAUAGAUGGAGCAAAUUCUUUUCUUUUUAAAGAUUCGAGCAUGAAUUCUGAAGAUGAACCUUUUCAAGACAAUAAAUAUCAUCCAGCUGCGUACAGGCCCGUCGGAUCGGGAAAUCCCACAUCUCCAGGAGGUGCAUAUUGUCCGAGUGUCGCGUCGAAUUCGGUCUUCCAUUCUCCGCCUUCUAGAUUGGAUCGGGGUGAUGCCGCCGGUAACUCAAGUAAAUACAAACAACCUCCUCUGGGAGAUGAAGUUUACUCCGGUGCGAGAUCAUUGUACAAUGCAAAAGUCGGAGAAGGAAUUUAUUCGGGAACGAAAUCGAUGUACACGAAAUCUCCAGCUUUGACGAGAGCCAAUUUGAAUCGAUCGCAAAGCGUUUAUUCCAAAUCUCAAAACCCGAGAGAUUUGCUGCCCAAACCCGGUCCUCUCAUACCAGCUCAAAGUUUGUAUCCCAUCAAAUUAGGAAACGGUGGUCACUUAACGGCAAACAUGCGAGAUUUCGGUGCUCCAACGUCCAAUUUCAUAUCGGGAAUUAAAACCAACGAUGGAAAUUUCAUUAAAGUACCUCCGAGUAACGAUCAUAAUAGGGUCAACGAAAUGACGGAAAAUGUAAUUAAUAUACCACCCAUGCGAAAUUUAACGUCGAGAAGUUAUCACGAUGUCACGGAUGUCGAAAAAGCAAACAUCCAACAGCAGAAUUACACCGCUGCUGCCGCCGCCGGAGAUCAUUUAACAAAUCAAAACGUUCAAAAUCAACAUUUGCUCAAUUUAAAACCGGAAAAAAAUCCAACGGAAAAUAUUUACGGUAUUAGAAACACUCCAACAGGAGGUUUAUAUCCGGGAAAUGACGUCGGACCGAGACCGGAAAACAAACGGGAAAUGCAAGCCAAACGAGAAUGUUACGACGCAUUAGCCAGAGGACACGAUAGCAGAUCCGAAACGCCCAGGAGUCAAGCCAGUUCUAAUUUCAGCAGGACGGCCGCCUACGUAAAAUCCGUCCAGAAUAAUCCCGGUUACAAAACGCGGGAAUCCAAUUACGACAUCGUACCGAGCGGAAUACGAGAGGUGUCUAAUUUUAAUCAAAAACCUCCUCAUCAUACCCGUUCCGAAACUUCCGACUACGGAUCUAACAAAGGAGGAGGAGGAGGUCUUUCAAAAGACGUAGAAAAAGGAAACAUUUCCGAAUUGAAAUAUAUGGAGGAUAAAAAUUUAGAAAAAAUACCUCCUCAGACUUCUAUCCAACCGGCGGAAUCGAGGCAACAGUGGAAUGAUGAUCAACCGGUUACUUUGAUAAGGCAAACGGGUACUUCCUUCAUGGCCUUACAAAAUUUUGUUCAGCAAACGAGUAGGCCUAGUCCAAUAUCGACGAGUUCGAGUGCCAACUACGACAGGAAUCCAACGACUUCACAAUAUCAAUUUAACUGA